UGCAUAAUCAACGGAGAUCACCUAAAAUUGAGCGUAGUUAACGAAAGUUACGGUUGAUGGUAUCGUAGUUGCCAAAUGUAGAUUACCGAAAGAAAGUCUACGUAAAUUCUUUUUCGAUUUUAUUGUUAUUACUGACAUAAGAAUUUAAUUAUAUCGAAAUUUUUAUACGGAUUAAAAAUUUGUUGAAAUUCCAAGUGAUCCAAUUACGAGACUAAUAUUGACGCAUAUAGAUAGUGUGACAUGAAUCAUAGAGAGAUAUUGGAAAUAAAUAUCUUGAUAAAAAUGACGUGGUGAAGAGAGCCUUAUCGUUUUACAAAAUCAUCGACGAAAUUGCAAGGAUGGAAGAAAGUACAAGCUCUGAAAAAGUUUGGUAUAAAACAAAAGCAGAAGAACAAAGUAGUUUAUAUCAUGGAGAAUCUGCCGCACAGUCCGUUGUAGAAGCUAAUUCAACUUCUUUAGCAGAUAUAUUUGAUACAGCAUUUACAUCUACAGUCGAUCCAUCUCCACAGUCAAGAUUUACUUCAGCAGCUAACGAGAUGGAAUAUGAACAUUUAUUUGCGGAAAGCGAUAUAGAAGAAUCUGAACUAGCACCUAUUAAUCCUUACAUUAAUCCACCGCACCAUUCUAGUUCGGAUAGUAAUUUUGUUUUUGGAAGUUAUUUAACUGGACCUGAAACAGUAGGAGAUUCUCAUGAAUAUUGGCAACCUGAACGCUUAAAUUGUAAUAUGUGCCAAAACAGACACGAACGAAGCGUAAAACAGGAAUCUCAUAACCGACAGAUAGGAAAUGCAUGCGAAGAGAGAGCUUGUGAAAAUUAUCGUAAAAGAAUUUUACAUGAACGGGAUCCACCAGUAAGGCAUAAAAGUAAAAAGCACGAGGAACAUAAAUCGUUAAGCAGUCAACAGUCUGAUAGCUUAAGUAUAGCUGGACCAUCAAGAUUAUCAGAUAAUGUUUUUAAUAGCACAACUAGAUCAACAGUCAAUGAUGGAAAUGUUUUAAACAGAGUUAUGCAGAAUAUUGAAAAUGAUAGUGCCAAUGAAUCUAAUAAUUUAUACCAUCCAAUUUUGCCAAAUACAAUUAAUUCACAGCAACAUUCUACUCGUACAAGACAUGAUGAUACACCGUCAGCACCAGAUCUACAAUUAGAUUGGUCCUCCAGCAGUGAUGAUGCCACUAGUAGUGAUGAUGAAGAUGGGUCUGUUGAAGUUCUUGGAACAGUAAAUCACAAUAAUAAACAGAAUACUGUACAAAAUAAUGAAGAAAGUAAUCGUCCAGUAACUGUGGUUGAUUUAACUGUGGAAUCAGAUGAAGAACAUACACCAUCUAUUCCAACAACUUCGGUAGUAAAUCCAUGGACAACAGAUAAUGUACAUAGCGGGAACAACACUUACUGCAUGCAUGGAUCACCAGACUACAUGUAUCAUAACCGAUGUAUGCACCACAAUUAUAGAAUUCCAAUUCCAGUUAUACCUGUAGGAUAUGGUCAACUGCCAGAUGCUCCUACGGGAAUGUCAAGAACACGAAUGCCCCCGAUGCAUGAAAGAUUAUGGGUUAUCCAACAACGCACGCAAGAAUCGCAUAGGAGACGGCUCUAUGCACGAUCUUCGUCACAUUACACCACUACGUCGUGUGGUCCACAUAUGCAUCAAGCAACUCAUCAUACUUGUAAUAAUGGAAACUCUAAUACUUCGAAUAAUCGUUGCAAUGGUUCGGAAAAUAUGACAUAUGCAGAAAAUUAUCCUCCACCCCCAAUUUUGCCACCUCCGCAACAACCUACUGUUUAUAGUCAUCCAGAAGCUAGAGGUCCAUCAAGUUACAGUACAAAUUGUCCUGUGCAACCUGUAAUGGAACUAUUAGAAAUGGAACCAAUGCCACCAGUAAUGUUGCCUUCGAUGCCGGUUCAUCAAUAUGUGCAUCAUCACAUGUACCAUCAUUAUGGUCCGCGUCAAAGACCGCCACCAGUCCCGCAUAUCAGUUUUCAUCCACAUAUGUUAGAGUCUGGUGCUCGUGAUAUGUCAUUGCGUCUGGAAGGUUAUAUGAGCCUCGUCGAUUUGCGGCGUAUGGCUCAUAUUAGUUGCGGAGCAACGCAGGAGUCAAUUGAAAAUCAUACAUUCCCUCAUAAGUACAAACGGGUUAAAAAAGUCGAGAAUGGCGAAGACGCUAUUGAGAAAUGCACAAUUUGUUUGUCUGAAUUUGAAGACUGUGAAAGUGUCAGGAGACUUCCAUGUAUGCAUUUAUUUCACAUAGACUGUGUCGAUCAGUGGUUGUGCACUAAUAAACGCUGUCCUAUAUGUCGAGUGGAUAUUGAAACUUUUCUACACAAGGAGCUUGCCACCACUGCAUAGUUUAAGAUCCAUUUUAAUCAUCUCUUUUCUUGUUUAAGUAUGAUCAGGUAAUAUUCGCAUUUUAUAAAAUACUUUAAAAUGUCCUAUUCAUGGGUAAAUCUUCUUCUGACACUACUAUGAAUGUUGGUAUAUAAAUUUUACUGUGACUAAUCAAAAUAUCAAUAAUUGAGCAGAACUAAGUUCCUGAAGUUGUAGGAGAGAUUGUUUUGAUUUAACAUUAUUAUCCUUGUAUUAAUUUCAUGGGUAUUAAUAAUAUUGUACAUAAGAAACGUUAGGUUUGUUCAUUAUGCGUUAUCGUAUUAAUGAAAUUUUAUUUUUUUUUUUCGACGAUUUAUUGCAUAUAUAGUAUUUCAAAUGACAAGAAGUUUAUUAUAUCAAGCAUUUGAAGAGGUUAAUGUCUUCACCAUUUUUUGUACCCUACUGUUUUAUUACGUGUGAUAAAAGAAAAAAAUGUUAAUUAUUGAAAUCUUGAGGCAAUUGCCAGUGUAGGAAACCUUUUUUAAUUAAAAGAGAAAAAGGAAAAAAAACGUAAACUUAUAAGAAUCAUGCAAAAGUACUUUAUUCCCAUGUUACAGUAAUUCUACUGGGUGCUACAUAUAUCCAUAUAAAGUCUAUGUAUACUAACCGUAUUUUAAUAAUUUAUGAAAAUGUUGAAAACUACGAUUGAUACAUAAACAAUUCUUUGAGGCUAUGUACAUUUUCAUAAGUUUUUAUAUUAAACAAGCUUUAAAAAGAAGUGUAUUUAAAUAA